AUGUCGCACGUCCCGACUAUCAAAUAUGCGACAGCUACCCCGGAUGCUUCAGGGGGAUUAGCGUCGACUGGCCUUGGCGUCGGCCAAUCCUCCGAAACUAACGCGAACGCUUCCCGACCCGGCACCUCUCUGGGAACAUCCGCGACACCUGGACCAAAGCCACGCAGUUGUGUCACGUGCCGCACACGAAAGGUACGAUGUGACAAGACAUCACCAUGUUCAAAUUGCCGCCGCGCAAGAAUCCCUUGCGUUUUUCCUUCGUCGGACAAGCCCCCGCGAUGGGCUCGUCGGCUGGAGCGCAUUGCGAAUAAUGCUAAGGCUGAGCAAGAGGCCGGCCCGGGUGUCAGUCAAGUUAUGGACAGACUUCGAAACCUCGAAGACCUUGUGAAAGAACUUAGUAGUCAGUUGGAGCAAGCGCAUAGCGCUGCAAAUACGAGCAGCCAUGGCUCACCUUCAGCAAACUCGCCGGGGAGUUCUAGCCAUGAUCAUGAUGCGGAUCGUCAAACGGCUUCGCCACCUUUUACGAAUUCUUCUAAUCUAUCGAAGCAGUUUGGUAGGCUUGUUCUAGGGGAUGCUGGCCAGAGUCACUACGUAAGCAAUGGCUUCUGGUCGCGCGUUAACGACGAGAUUGAAGGCCUCAAAAUGGAAACUGAAGGUCUUGCUAGUGGGGACUACGACAGUUCCGAGGACGAGGAUUCACUUAGCAAGACCCCGUUUACCCAGGAACUAGAUAGGACGCCCUCACAACGCCACGCGUUCCUGUUCGGCCACAAUCUUAGCCCUCAUCAGCCUAAUAUUCGCGAGUUGCACCCGCCGCUAUCCCAGAUUUCCUUUAGCGUGAAUGUUUUCUAUCAAAACGUCAAUGUCUUAACUCAGGUGGUUCAUAUGCCUACAUUGAACAAGAUGGUGCAGAGUAUACAAGAUAGUGGCACAUCAAUCCUCACACCGGCCAACGAGGCUCUAAUGUUUGCUAUAUAUUAUUCUGCCAUAACCUCCAUGGAGGAGGAAGAUGUCGUAGCCAAUCUUGGCUCUUCUAAAUCCGAACUUAACCUGAAGUACCGUCUAGGGUUAGAGUACGCGCUUGCAAAAGCAGACUUUCUAAAUGUUCCCGACGUAGUUCUUAUACAGGCGUUUGCUAUAUUCUUAUGUUUGGCUCGUCGAUAUGAUAGCCCAAGGUUUGUUUAUAUGAUGACAGGACUUGUCAUAAGGAUGGCUCUAGCUCUAGGGUUGCAUCGUGACGGUAGCCAUUUCCCCAACCUUACCCCCUUUGAAGCCGAAAUGCGACGAAGACUAUGGUGGCACGUGUGUCUCCUUGAUGUGAGGGCUUCUGAGGACCAAGGAAUGGACCUCACUAUCAUCCCCGGCAGUUUCGACACGCGGCAGCCUUUAAACAUUAACGAUGAUGACAUCGACCCUGAAAAAAAGGAAAUGCCCAAGGAAAGAGAGGGUAUAACCGAUAUGACCUUCUCUCUCAUGACUAGCUCUCAGUGCGAAGUAACGAGGGAAAUGAUGGCUGUGAGUCUUAAAGACGGGGUACCGCAGAUAGAUGUCCAGGAUCGCCUACUAAACGAGUACUACGAGAGGCUAGAGAAAACAUACCUCCAAUACUCCAGCGCAGAGGGAAACGUCACAUACUGGGUGGUUGUCGUUAUCGCACGACUUGUAAUGGCCAAGAUGAGCCUAAUAGUCUACUUCCCCGUGCUUUUCUCGCCCGAAAGCGAGCACGCUUCCGACGAAAUGCGCAAUAGGCUGUUCAUAGCUGCGAUUGAAGUAGCCGAGUAUAACCACACGCUCAAUGCUGAGCAGGCCUGUCGCCAAUGGCGCUGGAUUUACCAGACAUAUACACAUUGGUAUGCCGUCGUGUAUCUCCUAAUUGAAAUGGCACGUCGCCCCUGGUCGCCUCUUGUCGAACGCGCGUGGGUUGCGCUCCAUAGCAACUGGCUUAUCCCCCCUCGCAGCAGUAAUGAUAAGAACCUGCGCUUCUGGGUUCCUCUCCGGAAACUUAUGGCUAAGGCCCGGCGGCAUCGCGAAGCCGAGAUUGAGCGGCUCCGGUCUAACCCGCAGGCAGCGCGGCAGUUGGAGACGGAGGACAGGGGUGUUACCCAACCGAGUAGCUCGGGCCCGUUUCCGGGUCCCGACAGCGCCGAGACUUUCCGUGAGCGAUGGCGGCAGCUCGUAACGGUACCACGGAGCCUGGGGCAUUAUACACAGACGGCUCUUCAGCUCAGUAGAGGGGUUGUAGUGCCGCCUGGUGUUACAUAUUCUGCAGAAACUAAUGGACCGGGAUUCGGCUCCGUUUCUUCGUAUUAUCCAAGCGCCUCGGUACCCGGGUUCGCGUAUCCCCAGUCUGGAAUACCGCAGGGAAGCGGAAUUUUUCCGCCAAAUAUUUCCGGCGGGAGUUUCCCCGGGCCGAACUUUGGUUUUCAACAGAAUCCUCAUAGCUCGGCUACACUGGGAAUCCAAUCGGCUGGUCCGGCCUACGGAUCAUCUUCUUUAACUUCUAAUAUGGACUUAGGACCAGGCUUCGGGGCUUGGCUGUGGGCUGAUGCGGACCCGUCGGUUGACGUGUUUGCCGAUGUGGAUUUGGAGACGGCGGAUCUGAAUGUAGACUUGGACGGCGAGGUUGAUUGGAAUAAUUGGGUGGCGUCGGCGAAUGGGAUGAAUUGGCUGGGGGAUCCGGCGGGUGGGAAUCGAAGAUAA